AUGGCAUUAGAUGUGCCGUCAUUAACCGGACUACCCUAUGAUGAUGCUAUCAUUGGUGGUAGCAAUGCAAUGGUACUAUCAGCUACACAGCAGCUAGCCAUUCGUCAAAACAUCGCAACCCGUAGAGUUUUCCGUCCUUCACGUGAAACACAAGCUGGAUCCAGUGUGAUUGAAGAGCGGGUUAGCAAUGCUGUUACCGAAAUUGAUGAAACUGGUAACAGCAACAGCAGCAGUUUACGGCGACAGCAUCUUUUCACUCGUUCCCAUCGUACUUCACGUGAACAAAAUCUAGCUGUUCGAAGCUUAAACAAUGCUUCAAGCUCUACAUCACAUACUACAACUAUGGUGGUAGAGUUGAAUGGUUCACGGCCACGCAUUCAGUCAAAUGCUAAUCCUAUGAGCUCUUGUUAUGAGGAUAUGUUCCGUCCAAGUCGCUUUGACCUAAUAAUCAGUUCUUCACCACCGCCACUUGAAGUAAUGGAAGCAUAUGCAUGGAAUCCAGAUGAUCGCUCGCUGAAUAUUUUUGUUAAGGAUGAUGAUCGAUUGACAUUCCACAGACAUCCCGUUGCUCAAUCCACCGACUCUAUUCGUGCCAAGAUUGGUUUCUCGAAAGGUUUUCAUGUUUGGCAAAUUAAAUGGCCUCAAAGGCAACGAGGAACUCAUGCUUCAGUUGGUGUAGCAACGAAAGCGGCAUCAUUACAUGCUGUUGGUUAUACUUCACUUAUUGGUUCGAACAGUGAAUCAUAUGGAUGGGAUCUAAUACGCAAUAAGUGUUAUCAUGAUUCAAAGAAUACAAAUGGUUGGACAUAUCCCAAAUGUAUAUUACGCGAUGAGAAUCAUCUGGCACCUGAUCAGUUCUAUUGUAUUCUUGAUAUGGACGAAGGAUAUAUGGCCUUUGCUUCUGAUGCUGAUUAUUAUGGUGUAGCAUUCACGGGAUUGAAGGGUCGAGAAUUAUAUCCAAUCGUUUCCGCUGUUUGGGGUCACUGUGAAAUUACGAUUAAAUAUCUCGGAGGACUUGAUCCUGAACCGUUGACGCUUUUGGAAUUAUGCCGACGAUCAAUUCGAACAUAUCUAGGAAAAGAACGUAUUUGUCGAGUACGGGAACUGAGGUUGCCAAACAAUAUGAAAAAAUAUUUGCUAUACAAAUGCUAA